CAUCCACCCACCUCGGCUUCGCUUAGCUUAGAAUUUUAGAAACAAAGGGCAAAGGGUUCCUUCUUCCUUCCUUUCCUUUCCUCUUUCUUUUCCUCCUGCUCCUGCUUCGUGCUUCGCUGCUUCUCCUCUGCUGCUCUGCUCUGCUCUCGGCUGAAUCGGCUCUCGCUGAGUUCUGAGCUUCGCCUCGUGCCUUGCCGUGGUUUGGUUUAAAUACUUAUUAUCAAAUAACUAAACUACCAAAUUAGUCAAUCAUUUUCGUCUUCUCUGGCGGACCAAGUAGUAGAGCUCUGAACUUGAACAGGAGAAGAGUAUUGCCAUUACCGAAAAGGCUGGUGGCGGCAUUGUCAGUCAAGACAUGGAGGGUGAGGCAAAUCCAAUAUUGCCUGUCGAAGAACAAGAUUCGAUUGCAGACUUUAUCGAACUUAUCGACAGUAUCGAUCCUGCAGAACUAAGUAACCAAGGGAACGAGUGCUGUUCACUCCCUUCUGAUCUUCAACAAUUGUCUCUAGCCGGACCUUCAUGUUCAAAUUCGACAUCUGAGGGGGUAAAAGGGAACGAGGGCUGUUCACUCCCUUCUGAUCUUCAACAAUUGUCUCUAGCCGGACCUUCAUGUUCAAAUUCGACAUCUGAGGGGGUAAAAGGGAACGAGUGCUGUUCACUCCCUUCUGAUCUUCAACAAUUGUCUCUAGCCGGACCUUCAUGUUCAAAUUCGACAUCUGAGGGGGUAAAAGGGAACGAGUGCUGUUCACUCCCUUCUGAUCUUCAACAAUUGUCUCUAGCCGGACCUUCAUGUUCAAAUUCGACAUCUGAGGGGGUAAAAGGGAACGAGGGCUGUUCACUCCCUUCUGAUCUUCAACAAUUGUCUCUAGCCGGACCUUCAUGUUCAAAUUCGACAUCUGAGGGGGUUGUGUGGUUUAGUGCUGGAAAAGAGGCGGAUUUACAACAAAAGGAAAAAAGAACGUACCCGCCAGCUCGAAAGCAACCGAUAAGGGUAAGCCAAAGGAUAAAAAAAAAACCAGAUGUAUUGACGUACGAUUGCAGCACGGACAACGGCUAUAUAUGGCCAGAAAGAAAAUUGGCAGGGCUUUAUGCUGGAUGCGUUGUACUUGGCACUGAAAACAUGGAAGGUUUGCAACGAUAUGUGCCUGAAAAAAAAGAAAAGCAUAUUAAAAGACAGCUCAACUUGUGGAAAGCAAUUGGUGAACAAGCAACAAAAGAUCAAGUAUUAGGAGAGUCUGAUGUUGAGCCAGCCUUUGAUAUAGAAAAAGUAAAGAACCUGGAUGAAUGGAUUGAAUAUUUCCAUAAAAAUAAAAGUAAUGCAUUUGAUAAGAAUAUAUUUUCGGAUUAUUUUUUGUUGUUUGCUGAAUAUGGAGAUCUACCUUCCAAAGAAGAAUGUGGAGGAGUAGACCCCAGGGAUAUGUACCGAUACCUCCAUUGUAUGCUAAAUGGUAUUCCUUUCUAUGGAUUGGAUGACUUAACCAAAAGAGUGAUCCUGAAGUGUAUUAAGAAUGUUAAGAAAACACUUAAUAAUCCUGAAUUGAUUGAAAGAUUGAGCAAGCAACUUAAUGACCUACCAACGGAGCCCGAUGUAAAAAAGUUUGGCAAGACAUAUUCUAGAGAGCCAAAGACUGAUGAACAAAAAUUGCAAAAGUUGCUCUCCCAUCCAGAUUUCAACCCACUCAAUCUUCCUACUAAGGAGCCUGUUCCAGAAGUCAUUCCAGAUAAUGGAGAAGGAGAAGAAGAAGAAGAAGAAGAAGAGGUGAUUGAGAUUGACCUCACAAAAGACUAAAUAUAUUGUGUUAUUUUGUUUGAAUGUAUUUUGAUAGAUUAAUAACUGCUAAAGAGAUGAGCCAUAAUUUAGUUCAAAUAUAAGUAUGAUCUCAUCUGUUUAUCAUACUUGAUGUUUUUGACACAUCUAUUUAAAUUCACACACUACCAAGUCACUCAUUGCUAACAGUGUCUUUAGUAGUAAACAUGCUUGUAUGUUAUGGACUAAAAAACAUCUGUAAAAUUAAUCUUUAUUUUGUGUGUAUGUAUUUUGCUGGAUUAAUAAGUGCUAAAGAGAUGAGCCUUGAUUUAGUUCAUGUUAAGUAUGAUCUUAUCUGCUUAUCAUAAUUGAUGUUUUAGACACAUCUAAAGGGCCAAACAUAAACUUUUCUAAACAAUGGAAGGCCCAAUGUAUGUGUGUAUUGUUAGGUUUUUUUAUUUAAUUGUUCUCAACAUUUCACCUUUUUAGAUUUUGUAAAGAAGUAUGGGUUGCGUAUUUAGAUAAUGUUGAUAGUAACACAUUCACACACUACCAAGUCACUCGUAGCUAAACAUGUUACAGUGUCUUUAGUAGUAAACAUGCUUGUAUGUUACGGACUUAAAAAACAUCUGUAAAAUUAAUCUUUAUUUUGUGUGUAUGUAUUUUGCUGGAUUAAUAAGUGCUAAGGAGAUGAGCCUUAAUUUAGUUCAUGUUAAGUAUGAUCUUAUCUGCUUAUUAUACUUGAUAUUUUAGACACAUCUAAAGGGCCAAACAUAAACUUUUCUAAACAAUGGAAGGCCCAAUGUAUGUGUGUAUUGUUAGGUUUUUUUUAUUUAAUUGUUCUCAUCAUUUCACCUUUUUAGGUUUUGUUUGAAAAAAAGUAUGGGUUGUGUAUUUCGAUAAUGUUGAUAGUAACACAUUCACACACUACCAAGUCACUCGUAGCUCGUAUGUUACAGUGUCUUUAGUGGUAAACAUGCUUGUAUAUGUAUGUUUUAGAGUAAAAGACAUUCGUACAAUUAACUAUCCAUCAUAGGCUAUAUACUUGUUGCUAAACAUGUUACAGUGUCUUUAGUAGUAAACAUGCUUGUAUGUAUGUUUUAGAUUAAAAGACAUCUGUACAAUUAACUAUCCAUCAUAGGCCAUAU